AUGAGAGUCAAGCAUGAAACUUCGAUGUCGCCCCUCGGCCGGAAAGACGCGUCCCCCGCAUCCUUGAAGAACGACGAUGACCAGAAGUGCAUCUGCCCUCAUCAAGCUCAUAUCGACACCCUGUCUCCCGAACUCCUCGUCAUGAUCUUCAAAUUCGUCCUACGGUGGAUCGACAAGGGCGGCUUCCAACGCUCGGACCACUCUCAUCGCAUGCUGUGUCCCCUGUCACUCGGCGCCGUGUGUAGGCGUUGGUGCAUGAUCGCCCUCGACACACCAGCGCUGUGGACCGUCAUCGAAUGGCAGCCUCGCAAGACUCGGCGGGAGUACUCAGAAGAGAUGCAAGAGUCUUUCCUCGGACGUUCUCAACAUGCUCCACCCUAUGGAGCGGCCUGGAUAGACGAGGAGGGGGGUGUCGACCCUUCUGUGGCCCGGCACGCUCAUCGGAUCCGUAACUUCUUUAUCGGCGAUCGAAGCGAGCGCACGCCUACGCUUGACUUCGACCUGCCCGUCCUCGAGCAACUCACCAUCGAAGGCCCACCCUUCGUCGGUGACGCGACGUUCGUCACGCGCGUCGCCGUCGCGCUCGGGGUGCCGCUCCCCAUACCCGCGCGCAGCUCUCGUUCCGCUACUCCGGCAACUCGCUCGAAGCUGGUCCUGCCCUGGACGGAGCCGCCGCACGCGGGGUUGGCGCUCCUCGCCGACUGUCUCCGCGAGGCGAGGGCGGGCCGCCUCGCAUCCUUGCGCGUCGUCCUGAAGGUCUCAGGGCGGCCGAGGGAAGAUGCGGGCAUGGUGGCCGCGGCGAAGGUACUGUGCAAGGUCGUUGGAGGGGACUCUGAGGCGUCCGAACCCGGUGCGCGUGCGCCGCUGGGACUGAAGGAGCUGGAGAUGCGCGUGCAAGACACCGGGGUUCUGGGGCAGAUGGACUUGGCCGCGCGCGCAGCCGGGAUAGAGAGGAUCGUGAUCCACUGCCCGUAUCCGGAGGACGGCCGGGUCGGGCGCGUGGGGAGAAAGCUGCCGCAGAGAGAGUUGGACAAGGCGAUGGACGGCAUGCACUGGUGGUAG